GCGGUCUCAUUGCUGGAACCUGAGUCAGUCAGGCAAUGAUCACUUCCUGCUAUUUUCCUGAUCUGUGUGCAGCUCUGUGUAACAUCUGAGUUCUCUACCAGCAUUACUCUUCUCCUGAGACUUCUCUGGACAGGCUUGGAAAAAUGGAUUCUCUCAGUGUAGCAAAUGGCUCCUUUGCUAUUGAUCUCUUUCGGAAGCUGAAUGAAAAGGAUAGAAAAUGCAACUUGUUCUUCUCCCCGUUAAGCAUCUCUUCAGCUCUGGCAAUGAUUCAUUUGGGAGCCAAAGGAAAUACUGCUGCUCAAAUGUCAAAGGUUCUUCAGUUUGAAAAGGCAAAAGAUGUUCAUUCAUGUUUUCAGUCUCUUAUCUCUGAAAUCAACAAGCCAGACACUGAUUACCUUUUGAGAACCGCCAAUCGUCUUUAUGGAGAGAAGUCAUUUACCUUCCUUGACGAUUUUCUUGGAUCAACUCAGAAACACUAUCAUGCAGAUUUACAGGCUGUAGACUUUUCUGGAAAGGCAGAGGACUGUAGAAAGGAAAUUAAUACUUGGGUGGAACAAAAGACAGAAGGUAAAAUCCAAGACCUGCUACCGAGCGGCAGCGUGGAUUCACUUACUAGACUUGUACUGGUGAAUGCAAUCUACUUCAAAGGAAAUUGGGCUAACCAGUUUGACAAGAAUUGUACAUCAGAAAUGCCCUUCAAAUUGAAUAAGAAUGAAACCAAGCCUGUGCAGAUGAUGUACAAAAAAGCCAAAUUUCCAAUGACCUACGUAGGAGAUUUGUUCACAAAAGUUAUUGAACUGCCCUAUGUGAAUAAUCAGUUGAGUAUGUUUAUACUGCUCCCCGAUGAUAUUCAGGAUGGAACCACUGGCUUGGAAAAGCUUGAAAAAGAGUUAACAUAUAGUAAAUUUUUGGAGUGGACAAACCCUGAAAUGAUGGACAUAACAGAAAUGGAGUUGUUUGUACCAAAGUUUAAGCUAGAAGACAGUUAUGACCUGAAGUCUGUACUUAGUGACAUGGGGAUGGCUGAUGCUUUUGACCAAGGCAAAGCGGACUUCUCGGGAAUGUCUAGUAAUAAUGAACUAGUGCUUUCUAAAGUAGUCCACAAAUCUUUUGUAGAUGUAAACGAAGAGGGUACUGAGGCAGCUGCUGCAACAGCAGGAAUUAUGAUGAUGCGUUGUAUAAUGAUUGUUCCAAAGAUAUUCUGUGACCAUCCAUUUCUGUUCUUUAUCACCCAUAAGCAGAGCCGUAGCAUUUUGUUUUGUGGCAGGUUCAGUUCACCCUGAGGAACUGCAUUUCAAUCACUGAAAUACUGAGGAUGACUAAACCUAAAAAGGCCAAUCUGGGUAAUAAGGCUUCUUGCAACAAUCGCAAAUAUGUCUUGAAAAACAUUAGUCCUUGUAAUUGAGGCUACACAUAUAAUAAUCAUCGGUCACCAGAGUCAUGAAAGAUCUUCUAUAGACAUCAAAAAAUAGUUUUUUUUUCAUAAAAUACUUCUGAUGGUGCUAGAUAAACUGUAAAUUAUUCCAGGCACAGGAAAUGCAUGUUUAUAUUGCUGGAAAACAUACAUUUAUCUUGUGAUGAAAAAAUUGACGUUCUAGGACUGGUGGUCUACAAAAGAUCUUUCGUAAACCAAUCUUUAAUCCACUUAGAUCUUCAGACUGCUGUCUAAGGUCUAUGUGUACACUUACAUUUAUUAGUUCAGUCAAAGUAAGCACGUCUGCAGAAACUACAUUUACUUUUAGAGGCUCCUUCAAGAAUUCACAAUGAAAUAACCCUUAGCUACGAGUCAGAAUUCAGCUUUAAGGUAACUAUGGGGUUCUGCACUUUAGAUUUGCUCUUUGUGAUGCUGUUCUGAAUAAGCUAGUAUUAUGCUCUAAAUUUUUCUAUAGUUCUGUGAAUAUAAUGUUUUGCUUUAAAAGUGCCUUUUUAGGUUUCGUUUUCCUUGAAGAGCUCCUAACCUACUAAACAUUUGCUGUUUCAAAUAAGCAAUAUUUACAUAUAUAGAUAUUUUACAUAUAGCAAACCAUUAUUAAAGGGGUUGUAAAGGUUCGUCUUUUAUUUUCUAAAUUGGUUCCUUUUAAGAUAGUGCAUUGUUGGU